AAUCUUCCCCGGGACGAACGGUUUAAGCCAGAGAACGUCAUUCUGGUUGGACUUAUGCCAGGUACUAAGGAACCAAAGUCUGAAGAGAUAAAUCACUAUCUCAAACCUUUGGUAGAUGAGUUGGAGACGUUGUACGUGGGAAUGAAGAUUCCAACCUUCGAAUGUCCCGGUGGAGUCAAUGUUCGUGCAGCACUGCUGAUGGUGGCCUGCGAUAUUCCAGCUGCUCGGAAAACAAGCGGGUUCACUUCUCACAACAGUACGUGCGCCUGCUACAAGUGCAACCACCAGUUCCCUCGUCUGCCAAAUGGAAUCAACGUCGAUUUUAGUGGAUUUGUCUUUUCUCAAUGGAAUCUUCGUAAUGGUGUAGAAAGCAGGUUGCAUGCUGAGGAGUGGGAAAGUGCUAGUACCCCCUCAGAAAGGCAUCAGCUGGAGGUCGAAAAUGGUGUUGGAUGGUCGCAGUUGUAUCGUCUUGGAUACUUUGAUCUAGUACGUGGAACGAUCAUUGAUCCCAUGCAUAAUCUUUUCCUGGGA